CCCCUGCGCUGUCUGUUUACGAACCUCCCCUCGACAUUGACGGCGCGUUUCAUUUCAAGUACUCCACGUCGACACUUCCACAACACCUACAUCAUGUCGAACGUCGCGCAACAAUUGACAGCCCCGAACGGGCAUGCUUAUUCACAGCCCAUUGGCCUUUUUAUCAACAACGAAUUUGUCCCCUCCAAGUCGGGCGAGAAGUUUGCCACCAUCAAUCCCUCGAAUGAGGAGGAAAUCACCUCGGUGUACGCGGCUGGUGAAGAGGAUAUCGAUUUCGCGGUGCAGUCCGCGCGCAAAGCUCUUCGAGACCCGUCCUGGAAACUCCUGCCCGGCACGGACCGCGGCAACUUGAUGUUCAAGCUGGCCGACCUGAUUGAUCAACACCGGGAGACGCUGGCCACAAUCGAGACCUGGGAUAAUGGCAAGCCGUAUUCCGUCUCCUUGAACGACGAUCUGGGCGAGGUCAUCUCUUCCAUUCGGUACUAUGCCGGGUGGGCGGACAAAGUGACAGGCCAGACUAUUGGCACCACACCAGCCAAGUUUGCCUACACGCUGCGCCAGCCGAUUGGCGUGGUUGGCCAGAUCAUUCCCUGGAAUUUCCCGCUGGCUAUGGCGGCAUGGAAGCUGGGGCCGGCCCUUGCAUGCGGCAAUACGAUCGUCCUGAAGCCGGCCGAGCAAACUCCACUCAGUAUUUUGUAUCUGGCGAAUCUGAUCAAGGAAGCUGGUUUCCCGCCGGGUGUGAUUAACAUCCUCAACGGCCAUGGCCGUGUGGCUGGUUCUGCCCUGGUGAACCAUCCUGGCGUCGACAAGGUGGCCUUCACUGGCUCAACCCUUACGGGACGCGAGAUCAUGAAGAUGGCGGCAGGCUCUCUCAAGAACAUCACGCUCGAAACGGGCGGUAAAUCACCACUGCUGGUGUUCAACGACGCGGAUCUCGAGCAGGCCGCCAAGUGGGCGCACAUCGGGAUUAUGUACAACCAGGGCCAGGUGUGCACGGCGACAUCACGGAUCCUCGUCCACGACACUGUGUACGACAAGUUCGUCACCCUCUUCAAAGAAGCCGUCGCCAGCACCAGCAAAGUUGGCGACCCGUUCGCCGACGACACCUUCCAGGGACCGCAGGUUACCAAGGCGCAGUACGAGCGGGUACUGUCAUACAUCGAGAGCGGCAAGUCUGAAGGCGCUACGCUUGUGGCAGGCGGCGAGCCGUUCAAGAACGUCGCCGACGGCCGCGGCUUCUUCAUCGCCCCAACCAUCUUCACCCACGUCAAGGACUCGAUGCGCAUCUACCGCGAGGAAGUGUUUGGUCCCUUCGUCGUAAUUGCCAGCUUCACUACCGAGGAUGAGGCCGUCACCCGCGCCAAUGACACUACAUACGGUCUGGGCGCGGCCGUCUUCACGCGCGACAUCGAGCGCGCGCACCGUGUCGCCUCGGAUAUUGAGGCCGGCAUGGUCUGGAUCAACAGCAGCAACGACAGCGACUUCCGCGUGCCGUUUGGUGGUGUCAAGCAGAGCGGGAUCGGGCGCGAGCUCGGCGAGGCGGGUCUCGAGGCGUACUCGCAGACCAAGGCGGUACAUGUCAACAUGGGCACGAAGCUGUAG